AGCGAGAUGACGAAGGGGACGUCAUCAUUUGGUAAGCGUCGCAAUAAGACACAUACGUUGUGCCGCCGCUGUGGCUCUAAGGCCUACCACCUUCAGAAGUCGACCUGUGGCAAAUGUGGCUACCCUGCCAAGCGCAAGAGAAAGUAUAAUUGGAGUGCCAAGGCUAAAAGACGAAAUACCACCGGGACUGGUCGGAUGAGGCACCUAAAAAUUGUAUACCGCAGAUUCAGGCAUGGAUUCCGUGAAGGAACAACACCUAAACCCAAGAGGGCAGCUGUUGCAGCAUCCAGUUCAUCUUAAGAAUUUCAACGAUUAGUCAUACAAUAAAUGUUUUGGUUUUUAAAAAUGUAAAAAAAAAAAGAAAACGUUUAUGUAAAGAUUGUAAUCAAUUUUAA